CAGGCAGUAAGUAGCCUGUGGCCUCUGUUGGAGUCGCUUCAGUAGUUCACCAUGGAGCCUGUAAGAGUUUGUAUGGAUCUGAUUGUAGUUUUGUCUCUGGUGGACUUUAUCAGCAUGAACCGGAUUUUUGCAAACACACUGGACCUCAACAUGCAACCUUCACCUGGACUCGGACCGAGGCAGCACUUCCAAAUUGUUGAUCAGCACAACAGACUGCGCAGCCAGGUCAAGCCCAUGGCCGCCAACAUGCAGAAACUGGAGUGGCAUGAUGACUUGUCCUUACUUGCAAAGGAGAGGGCAGCAUUGUGCCAUGCAAAGUCGUCUCCUCCGGAUUCCUCUUCUCUCACACACUUUGGCUGGAAUACACAUCAUGCUGCCUUUGGGGUCACCUCCUUUUCAAGUGUCAUUAAAUUGUGGUUUGAGGAAGGACAUGAUUUUCUCUACAUGAGUGGGCAGUGUCGGGAGAAUGCCACCUGUCACCACUACACGCAGCUGGUGUGGGCCACCUCCAGCCACGUGGGCUGUGCCAGCCGGCUAUGUCUGAGAGAUGGAGACCUGUGGCAGACAUUUGUGUGUGCAUACUUCCCUGGGGGUAACUGGGAGGUGAAUGAUCAGCUGGUGUCGCCUUAUAAGACAGGGCCAUACUGCUCUCUCUGCACUUCCUCCAUGUCUGGCUGCUUUAGACUGUGGAACCACGUUGGUGGACUGUGCGAGAUCCCAAAGAACCCAUGCCGAAUGAGCUGUGGACCUCAUGGCCAUCUUAAUAUCUCAUCCUGCACAUGCCAGUGUGACUCGGGGUUUACUGGACGCUUCUGUCAGGUGCGGUGCAAAGUGCAGUGUGUGCAUGGUGAUUUCAAAGAAGAAGAAUGUUCGUGUUUUUGUGAUGUUGGCUAUGGGGGUGCUGAGUGUGCAGAAAAGGUGCCAUUUCCAUUCCACAGUUGUGAUGUUAUCAUAGAUGGUGAUUGUUUCAUGGUGUCUCUUGAAGCAGACACCUACUAUGGAGCCAAGAGCCACUGUCAGGAACAAGGGGGGAAUCUGGCUAAGAUUCACAAUCAGAAGGUUCAAGACAUCCUUGCUUUUUAUCUCAGCCAGCUGGCGGUAAACAAUGAGGUCACCAGUUCCGACACUGAGACAAGAGGCUUCUGGAUUGGUCUUACCUACAAGGCUCUGAAAGAUGCAUUUCGAUGGGAUACAGGAGAAAGUCCUGCAUUCAAUAGCUUCGCCUUUGGACAACCUGACAGCCAAGGGUAUACUCUUUGGAAACUGUGUGGAGCUGCAGGCAUCAAGUGCGUUCAACUGGAACGACCAGCGCUGUAAAACACAGAACAGAUAUAUCUGCCAGCUUGCUGCAGAGCACAUCGCCCGGUGGCAGAGCGACAGGUGAUCCACAUGGAUUUUCCAAGCGGGUGAAGCCAUGUGUGCAGUGAUGUACAUGUCGCUUUGGAAAAUGCCUGAAGACAAUAAGCAAUUUUUGUUACUGUUUCCUUAUGCUGUCAUUCACUGUGUAUUGUUCAUUAAAAUUGCAUGCACAGCUGCAUGAAAAGAUUUGGGCACCUGUUGACAAAAUGCAUACUUAAGCUUGUUUUGUGACAUCAAGUUAAAAUAAAGAAGAAAAAAAAAUGUUUCAUUCUGCAAAAAGUUCUAAAUUCUUCUUAGUUUUUUCUCAGGUGCUUAAUUACAUUGACUAAGAUGUUAGUCCAUGUUGUCAAUUCCAAGUAAAUAUGAGCAAAACAGCAAGCACUCUUGCACAACAGACAACACCUUAUCAUUGCUUGCACAUCAUUUUUCAUUGCUGGACUUUUUACAAAAAGUCACACUGAUCAUUUGGUAACAUCAAAAUCAUGUUGGAGUCUC